CCCGACACUGUAUCCGCGAUUAAUUAUAUAACUGCCGACAAUAUAUUCGACUAUUAUAAACGGGAAAGGCCAGAUAGCGACAUUUCGCAACUAUAUCACAUGGUAGCCAAAGAUUUGGAGGAGGUCCUCGACUCAAAUUUUUUUAAAGAAGAUACGACGCGUGUUCUGAAGGACAUUAAAUAUAAUUGGGCUGAAGUAGGGACUGCGGGUUACUUACUUCUGGUGUAUGAGGAUUGCGGUCACUCAUAUGACCCUGAUCGGUGGCAACUUGAGGAUUGCGGUCACUCUAGUUUGGAACUAAUUUGUGUGGGUCAUAAAUCUAAUGAUAUCUUUCCUUUUGAGACGUGGAAAAAACAAUGCAUUCAAUUAUACAAAGGUGAAGCAAGGAUCAAUAAUCAGAAGAUCAGCCGCGAUGUCCAGUUUCAAAAGUGCGUCACGAAAUACCAGGGAGGUAUCGCCAAAGUUACUAUCACAGAAGUUGAUAAAUGGGUUGAAGAAGCUGAAAACGCUGACGAAAGAAAAAAACGUCGAGAUGCGAUAGAUAUUGAAGAAAUUGAAACUUGUCCGAAGAAACAAGAG